AAAUUGCUACACUUGGUCUUAACUCUUAUCCAUCUAUCACCUCAUCCUCUCUCUAUCCGCAGUGCUUGAGCAACAAUGGCAGUGGCAAUGCCAGUAGCUUGCAGUAACAACAAAACAUGGAGUAUGUCUUCUCUAAUUUCAUCACUCCCCUCUGCUUCUCCUUCUUCAAUAACGGCCACACUCCGAUUUCAGUCAACACACUCAAGUGCCCUCAAGCUCUCCGGCCACCAACCACUCCUCCUCCGCUCUUUCACCGGUCUUUCGCCCCUUAACCCCCUUCUCUCACUUGGGUUCUCAGAUUGUACUAGUUUUGAGAAUGGCUUUACUUCAAUCAAUAACGGGUCUAGAAUUUUCGGCAUGAGACAUGGAAGGAAAGUUCCUAAGCUGAAUAGGCCACCAGAUCAAAGGAAGGCAUUGCUUAGAGGGUUAACUACUCAGCUUCUUAAGCAUGGAAGGAUUAAAACAACUAGAGCUAGAGCUAGUGCCAUGAGGAAAUUUGUGGACAAGAUGAUUACUUUAGCUAAAGAUGGCUCUUUGCAUAAGAGAAGACAAGCUCUUGGCUUUAUCUAUGAGAAGCAGAUUGUUCAUGCCUUGUUUGCUGAGGUUCCUGAAAGAUAUGGUGAAAGAAAUGGUGGAUAUACUAGGAUUAUUAGAACUUUGCCGAGGAGAGGCGAUAAUGCACCAAUGGCUUACAUUGAGCUUGUUUAGGUACUUCGUUUUCUUUUCUUUUAUUGAAUUUAAUUUGUGAAGAAUUUGAUAUAUUCUGAAAUGAGUUAUAUCUUUGUAGCUUUAUCUAUGUUUUGUUUAAUGUUUAGCAUUUUUUUGAGAUGGAGGCAAAUGUCUGUAUUAGUGUAUUUUGAUUGUAUUGUAAUGUGAAACAUCAUGCUUGGCUUAUAUGUGUAAGUGUAACUUGAGGCUGAUAAAUUGUUCUAAUUCAAAUUUUCAUUUUGGGUUUUA